CGCGAUUUCGCAUCAUACCGGUUUUAAGCCGCACCACCAGAAGAAAACAUCUGUAGCCGCUACCCCUGCGCUCAGAGGGAAUCCACAGAUGUCUGGCAACACGUGGAAAAGGCAGCGCCAUCUAUCGUCGAUUCAGUAAAGAGCUGACGGCUGCCAUUUCUCCAGUUGAUGCCGACGAAGAACAUUUCUCACUAUCCAUCCAUUGACAUCCGUCUCCAUUCAAGUUAUUCGGUGCUUUUUGUUCGUGAUGGACACCAGAAGGUUCUACGGGAUCAGGGUUCCACCCGUUGAAGAAAGCGAAGAUAGCUGCCUCAGCGACAGCGAUUCGGAAUACAGCCCUGACACAGUACAUGCUGCCCCAUCAGAUCAAUCUGGGCAGUCUGGGAGCGACACAGAUGAAGAAGGUGAAACGGAAGAGCCGUCAACGUCAAGCGCAAGAAGUUUCCUCUGGAAGCAAGUGAACCAUCCGCGGACAUGCCACCCUCAAUGGGAAGACGGUCUUCCAGACCCUCCAGAUGAGCCGAAAGCUCCCAUUGCGUACUUCCGGUAUUUUUUUGACGACAAGCUUCUUGAGGAGAUUACAGACCAGUCCAAUCUCUAUGCAGUGCAGAAGAAUGCCAACAAAGCAUUGUGCCUAACACGCGCUGAACUGGAGCAGUUUCUUGGGGCCACAAUGUAUAUGUCCAUAUACAGGCUUCCGCGAUCGCGCAUGUACUGGAACCGCGAGAUGCGAGUAGAAAAAGUGGCAGAAGUUAUGUCACGUGACAGGUGGCAAGCGAUAAAGAACAGCCUUCAUUUCAACGACAACAAUCUCCUACAAGCAAAUGCUGGCAAAGACAGGCUCUUCAAAAUUCGACCACUCAUUGACAAUCUGCUGCUCAAAUUUCAAAUCCUUCCAAAGUCACAGAUGCUGGUGGUCGACGAGCAAAUUGUGCCGUUCAAAGGCCGCUCCUCACUCAAGCAGUACGUCCCUAGCAAGCCUCACAAGUGGGGCUACAAGAUUUUUGUACUUUGCGACACCCACGGACUUGUCUCUGACUUCUCUAUAUACACAGGGGACAUCCGCCCUGUUCCUGGAUUACCUGACCUUGGAGCAAGCUCUAAUGUUGUGCUCGAGCUUUCGCGCUCCAUCCCAGAGAACAAGAGCUACUUGCUCUUUUUUGACAACUGGUUCACAUCCAUAAAACUGCUGGUAAAUUUGCAUCAGCGUGGUAUUCCAGCAAUGGGAACUGCACGCGCAAACAGAAUUUCUGGAUGCCGACUGCCCAGCGAUGCAGAAAUGAAGAAGAACGGUAGAGGAAGCCACGUGGAGAGGCAGGCUACUAUUGAAGGGGUCGAAGUCCGAGUAGUGAAGUGGUACGACAGCCGGGGAGUGAAUAUUGCUAGCACAUUCGGGAGUGCCCAGCCUCUAGGAAGCUGCCAGCGGUAUGACCGCAAAAAGAAAGAAAGAUGUGAAGUUGAGCAGCCAGCCAUUGUGAAGGCUUACAACACUUUUAUGGGUGGAGUCGACCUUCUCGAUGGGCUCAUGGCGUACUACAGAAUUUUUCUGAAGUCGAAGAAAUUCUACCUGCGAUUUUUUUUUCAUUUUGUGGACAUGGCUGUUGUGAGCAGCUGGCUGCUCUACCGGAGGGAUUGUGAUGCUCUAGGAAUCCCAAAGAAACAUCAACUGGAUCUUGUAGCGUUCAAGGCUUCUCUAGCCAGCUGCCUGUGCAAUCAAAACAAGGACGUGAUGAAGAAGAGGGGCCGGCCGUCUCUUUCCGUGGAAGGAGAGCUUGAGAAGAAGAAAAGAAGAGGACCAGCAGCUCCAACACCUAAUGCUGAAGUCCGUCAAGACAAUGUUGGCCACUGGCCUGAAGUGUCGCAGCAACGACAACGAUGCAAGAUGCCUGGCUGCAAAGGCCAACCUGUUUCCUUCUGCACAAAGUGCAAAGUUCAUCUGUGUAUAAAAAAAAGUUCAAAUUGUUUCAUUUCUUUUCAUAAGAACUGAGAUACAAAUGUGCUAAACUCAAAGAAAUGAGCUCUCAAGUGUGUUUGAAAAUAAACAUUUUUUGAUCCAUUA